AUGGCGAGAUGGAUGACUUCCUCAUGGAAGGGACGCAUAAAGUACAAGGGGCAAGCACUCCUUCUCCAGCUGUUUCUAAUGAUUAGUCUAGCGUCUUGGAAUAUUAGGGGGUUGAACCGCCCUCUGAAACAACAAGAGGUUCGUCAGAUUGUAAAGGAGAAUAAGUUGUCGUUUUGUGCUAUUCUGGAAUCCCAUGUGAAUGUAGAUAAUCUUAAUAAGGUUUGUUCUUUGGUUUUUCGUCGUUGGGAGUGGACCACGAAUGGGAAUAGUUGUGACAAGGGCACGAGGAUCAUUGUAGGCUGGGACCCGGGUAUAUUUGAUGUCGUUUUGCUUUCUCAGUCUUCGCAGGUUAUGCACUUUCAACUCGUCUUUAAGCAAGAUAAGAAAGUGUUUUUUUGUUCCGUUGUCUAUGCAGCUAAUUACUAUAUUACGCGAAGGGAGUUAUGGUAUCACUUAUCUAAGCAUAAAGUGCUUGUGGGUAAUAAACCUUGGGUUAUUCUGGGCGAUUUCAAUUCAGCUCUUAACCUAGAUGAUAAGUCUAUGGGAGCUUCAAACAUUUCGAUUGGCAUGAGAGAUUUUCAAGAUUGCAUUUCGGAUUUAGAGGUGUUUGACAUAAAUAGCUCGGGUUUGCAUUACACGUGGAACCAAAAACCAAAAAAUGGUGCCGGUUUGCUAAAGAAAAUUGACAGAGUCAUGGGUAAUAUUCCUUUUGUGGAUAUGUUCCCCAAUUCGGUGGCGUUUUUCCAUCCGUAUCGUAUAUCGGAUCACUGUCCUUGUUUGCUAAAGAUCCCUAUGCCGGAUAAAAAUAAACAUAGACCGUUCAAAUUCGCAAAUUUCUUGGUUUAUAAGCCGGGCUUUAUUGAAGCAGUUAAAAAGGUUUGGGAUACUAAUAUCGAUGGGGUUCAGCAACUUCGAGUGGUGAAAAAGCUUCGAUUGCUAAAGAAGCCGCUUCGUGCACUUCUGUUUCAGCAAGGUAAUCUGCACAAGAAUGUGGAGGAGCUCCGGUCAAAGUUGGAUGCGGUUCAGCGGGAUAUUGAUAGUAACCCGUUAAAUGUCGUUCUUCGUGAGCAAGAGAUAAAGAUAUCGGCUGAUUUUCAAGAGGCUUGUCUAGAUGAGGAGCGGUUCUUAAAACAAAAAUCAAAAGUGGAUUGGCUUCGCGCGGGGGAUGCUAAUACGGCUUUCUUUCAUGCUUCCUUGAAGUGCAGAAAUCAUACUACCAGAAUUGAUGUUAUUACUAAUACGGAAGGGAUUCUGUUUGAGGGCGAGAAUGUGUCUAAGGCAAUUGUUGCUCAUUACGAAAAAUUCCUUGGAAGUGAAGAUGAUAUAGCUAUUCGACCUUAG